AUGAAAACACCGCCGAAUUUAUAUGAUAUUUUGUCUGAGUUAAAUUAUAUUGAACCAGAUAGGAUUCAUAAUUAUAACAGGAAUAUUAUUACCAACUAUAAUAUGAACAACGAUAUGUAUCACUCCUUAGAGAAAAUAGAUCCACCACAGAUUAAUGAUCUACCAGACUUCACAAAGGAUAAUAACAGCAACAUAAUAAACGACUACCCUUACACAUUAAAAGAGUUCAAUAAAUUUUUAAUUAAAACACACUGUGAGGAGAAUUUAGAGUUUUUCAUAAUGACAAAACAAUUCUUACUGUACGAUGAUAAGAAAUCUUUAAGAUCGAAUUCUAUCGUGUCUACCAUAUCAUCAAACAUGUAUUCAACUUUCAAUUUGGAAUUGUGGGACGAUCAGAUUUAUAAUAUUUUCAUCAAAGUCGAUUCUCCUAAGGAAUGUAACUUACCACAAUAUAUUAGAGGUUUGUUUGAUGAUUGUCAUAGACGAGAAAUCCCACCUAAACAAAUUUAUAUUAUUCAAGCCAUCCAGCAUAUCUUGGGACUACUCUUAGAUGCAUAUACUAGAUUUAUUCAAUAUAUUCAACAAACAACACCUGAGGAAUGGGAAAGAAGGAAAUUGCUCCUAGAGAAUGCAAUAGAGACUACAACCACUAAAACCACCACUAAUACAACUAAUUCUAGUGUUGAUACUACUACUGCUACCACUACCAAGACAAAGAGAAACGAAAAUAAAGUCUCUAACAACAUUAGUUGGAAACCAUCAAAUAAACACAUGAAAAGCUUAUCUAAGAAGAAAAAUAUUGAUUCUACUACAUCUGCUCAUCCUAAAACGUGUAAUAAUUUAAAGGAAAAAAACGUACUGAUUCUAACAGCAAGAGAGUCUACACGAGACUCAAAUAUUUCAAUUUUACUAAAAAGCAGAAAGUUUUUCAGUAAGAUUAAGAAAACAAUCCAAAUAUAG